CCGCUGCUCCUGCCUGGUGCUCUGCUUUGUGCUCCACACGGACACUAGUCGCACUACGAGAAGCAAAUACGCACCAAGUACACCCUCUCCAGCCCGCGAUCAUCCAAGGACGCUACACUUGAAACUCUUUUGGCUGUUUUUACGUUCAGGAGAGGCUUCAGGAAGUUGGGAUAUUGACUAGAACUUCCCCGUGGAUCUAUAAAAGCAAGAUCUCCGUCUCGUCACUUCAACAUCGUGGACCAUAAUGGAAAUAUAUCGUGACCUCUUCAGAUUCUGCUUGUUCUGACAACUCAGAUUUAUACAUAUCCAAACCCGGACUCUACUUCAUCUACUUCCUUUUUUUUCCUGUGGAUUUUCCCCUCUAAAAAGACUGCCAUCAUGCCGAUCCUCAAACAGCUGGUGUCCAACUCCCACCAGUCCAAGCGGCGGUCUCGUGCUGACCUGACUGCUGAGAUGAUUAGCGCUCCUCUGGGAGAUUUCCGACACACGAUGCAUGUCGGAAGGGGCGGGGACGCAUUCGGGGACACGUCCUUCCUCAGCACCCGAUCGGGGGAACCACCGAGGGAGCAAGAGACCAAACAAGGUUCUCCUGUAUCCAAACCUAGCCUACUGUCUCGUACGUUCAGAAGUAGCAAGCGUUCCCAGUCCGUAAACCGCACGGAUAGCUACAACAUGCCAGCACACAACAGCAUAUCGGCUCCUUAUGUCAAAAACGCGAUCUCUCUGCCUUAUCUUAACGAAGAUGCUAGCAACAACGGCGCUAAUCGUCUGCCAAAAAGCGUCUCCUCAAGCCCGGUGAAGAAUUUACCAGAAAUUGAUAUGAAACCAGCUAAUGGAGCGGCGGCUAUGGCUACGCUAGACACCGACUUCGAUGAGCGUAAUUUCGGCGAACUAACAGAUUUACCGCCAUCCAAGCCUAAACCAACGUCAAUGAAGCACGCAGAGUCCAUGAUGUCGUUCCAUAUCGACUUGGGGCCUUCCAUGCUCGAUGAUAUUCUGGAAGUAAUGGAGAAAAAGGAAUGGGAAGAUGACGAUUUGGGAUUUGAGGAAGACAAAGCUAGUGACGGUAGAGCUUCGCCGUCUUAUAUCCCACAUAUCGACGAUGAUGAUGCAGAGGUGAAGGCUCCACCGGUAAGGCCUCCAAGAAGUAUUGACAACUUCGCCAUCCAAACCCGAAACAACAUGAACAACCACGACGAUAGCUACUCCGUUUCUAGCGCCGAAUCCAUCGGCAAUGACAAACGCCAGUAUAUCCACGACGAUACGGAUAGCGCUAAGUACAGCUCUCCACGGCAUGGAGAAGACGGGGAUUUUACAUUUAUGGAUGAAGACGACGAUGAUGAAAUCCGAGUGUAAGCUAAACAUUUAAAUGGGCAUAAGGACUUGUCAUUCUGAAGUAUCUACAGACUUUAAAAAGACUUUUCAAAGGUCGUACUUGCUUCUUGAAAUCAUAUCUUGACAUCAGCAAUAAUCAUUUAAGCCUUACUCACAAGGGAGAUAUAGCUCUUUGGAGAAUUCUCUUUUUAAUUAAUAAUAAAAUGAACCCUGUAUUUAAAAAGCGCCCUUCUCAUGAGAGCAAAGACGGAGAUAUUGUUUGAACGAGCCAUUGGGAUAUUACCAUGACAGUCGAGCAUUUGAAGCAAAGGGUUUUGGACCACAAGGUUAAAGAACUGCGAUGGUCUGUCACAUGAAAUCCACAUGGAGAUUGUGCGAUUCAAAAGUCAUAUGUCAAGUAGAAAAAAUUGACACAUUCGACACUACAGAGAAGUGGAAGUGAAACUAUGAUUUGUAAGUGCAGUGUGGAUAUCCCCAUUUGCUUCGUGCUGUUUAUGGACUUACAGGAGCCGUUUGAACUGGGAUAAUCGUAUCUCGUAUCUUUGGGCACUACAGUAUGUUAAUUUUAUAAGGGAAAAUUGUAUGUAAAAUGUAUUAUCUGAAAACAUUUGCAGUUUGCGGCGUAAUUUCUACAUCGUGGCACUUACUUGACACUAAGAACACUCCUAUAACUAUCAGGGGACUUUAGCUGACAUGUUUAAAGGCGCUCUAGGGAACUUUCUGGUGGAGGUCUGUCACCUGCUUGCCUCCAAGGUUCCACGGUAUGACAUUAAACUUCUCCCUGAAGACCCAACUAGCCCAAGUUACAGCUUUGAUCACUGUUCACUAAUGAAAUGCAUGUUUUUAGUGUAUUUUUUUUCACCUGUAUUUGAAUAAAUGCAAAAUAGAUACAUUUAAUGCUGUACUGUGGGACAUUCCAAGAAAAGCAUUGAACGCAGGUAGCAGAUCACCCCUUCACCAGAAAAUGUUUCAUAGUGCGCCUUUAAUAUCACUCACUUUUGCUGAAAAUGGAAAAAAUGUGAAAUAAAAAAAGACACACAGAAAAUGUUGGGAUCAGUUGGAGCCGGUCAAAAGAUAAACAGAAGUUACGUGAUUUGAAGUGGAUCUAUUGGUACCAUCAAAAAUAAAUAUUAAAGGUCCUAUAUUACGCAAAAUCUUGUUAUAAUGUUGUUACUUCAUCAAAAACGUACCUGGAGUUGUAUUUUUUUUCAUUCACAUGUGUUUGGAGACGUAGACAGAUGAAUAAUAAAAGGUUACUCAACGUUCAAAAUGCUCUGUUCCACCUUGUGAUGUCAUAAAGCUGUAGUUUUCAAGUUUACAGCUACAUUUUACCUUUUGUUCAGUAGAGAUUGGCAAUUCAAGGUCUUAAAUUAUUAUAUAUUAUCAUAAAAACACAGUGGCGCGCUUCCUGCGUUGUACCUCAUGACAUCACAAGGUGGAACACAGUGUUUUCCGUUUGAAGAAAAGAAAAUAAGUUAGCCUAAAUGUGCAGGGUAUGUGUGAAUGAAACAAAACACAACUCCAGGUCUGUUAUGAGGAAACAUCAUAACAUAGAUCAGAAAAGAGUGUAAUAUGUGCCCUUUAAGUUUAUCUUCAUGAAUGAGAUGUGCUCAGAGUGUUAUUUAAACAUCAGACAGACAGGCAGGAAGAGUAGGCGGGUUGUAUUUUUAAAUUUUCACACAACCCCAAAUCAAAACUGAAUGCAACGGAUAAUUAAAUCAACCGGAAUUUCCAAAAUUUCAGUAAACAAUUUUGAACCGUUAACGGACUUUGACUCUGGUCCAACAAAAGCAGACGACAGGUGUGCGCUUGUGAUGUUUGGCACACGGCUUUUUGAUCAUUUAUCACGUGGUAGUUGUUAAGUAGAGGUUUACACAACUUGUUCCUAUCCCGAUUGAUGCCUGGUUUCAUUUUGUGUUAAAGUUACUAUUACUAUGACUAUAUUACGCAAGUGAUGUGAGUUUUCUGAGUUUCAAGCCAUGUUAUAAUGAUGUUACUGCCUCAAAAACAAGCCUGGAGUUGUGUUUUGUUUCAUUCACACAUUUGAGUAAUGGAUUAUUAGUUCAUCUACAUCGUUGUUACACCUUGUGAUGUCACGAAGUGGUAGUUUUCAAGUUAACAGCUCCUUUUACCUCCUAAAGUUUAGUAGAGAUGAGCUGAAAUUGAAACAAAUGAUUUUAGCGAAGAUGUAUGAAGUUUAAAAACACAAUGGAGCACUUCCUGUAUUACCCCAUGACAUCACAAGGUGGAACGGAGUGUUUUCAGUUUGAGAGAAGAACUCAGCUGAAAUAUACAGAUGUGUUUGUGUGUUAAAAAUGUGAAUGAAGCCGAACACAACCCCAGGUCUGUUUAUGAUGAGGAAACAACAUUAUAACAAAUCAGAAAAUAGCGUAAUAAUAGCGUUAAAAGCUGUAUUUGUGGUUCCUGCUCACAGUUUUGAGGCGGGUGAGAGCGUUACAAGCCCCUGUGGACUUUAUAAUAUGGGGUUCGGGGUUUAUUUUUCUACUUAUAGAUAUUGAAGUCUUACAUUUUGAUGUUACGGGCCAAAUUUCCAGUGUUUUCUUAUGAUUGUUGAGAUAGCUGCUGCCAUUCUCCCAAAUACUUUGUACAUACCAUAGAAAAAAACGUAUACAUUUUUUACAGCUGUUUAUAAAGCUUACAAUGUGAAUUUAUAUUACAGUCUACUAUGUUAUCUGCUAUUUGACCUUGCGGUACCAGCACACAAAGCAGUGAAGAAUGCCAGGGCUGUAACACUAAGUAGCGCAUUUGCAGAUAGUUUUAAGUAUUUGAAAAGAAUUGCGUUUAACCAAGCCGACAUGCUGUACUUUGAGAAAUAAAAUACUGUACAAUUUCAUGGUACGUGGUGAGAAUUCUGGAAAGAUUUGACCAAAAUGAACUAUAAAACGAUUUAAGUGCCCCAAUGACUGGACUGCAGAUAAAAUGUUUUUGUUUUUUGGCGGUAGCGCUAUGCCAAGUCUUUCAUAUUCUUUCUUCUGGUUUUACAGUAUAUUAAUAUAUUCACCUCCUUCACUUUUCUUCUUUUGAAAUAACAGCUCUAUUUUUCAAUAAAUAAAAGCUGGUAAUCUUUAA